AUGGAACAUUUCACAGUAUUGUUCAGACGACAAUUCAAUGUUGUUUUGGGGAUGAUACACCUGAAAGCGUUGCCAGGAUGCCCUAGACAUACCCUCACUGUUGGAGAGAUACAGAAAGCAGCGUGUUAUGAAGCUCAGCUAUAUAAAGAUUUGGAACUUGAUGGUGUUAUUGUUGAGAACAUGAAUGAUGUACCAUAUCAACACAGUGCAGCAGUUGGCCAUGAGAUUAGUGCCAGUAUGGCGGUCAUCUGUGCAGCGGUCAAGUCAGUUAUGGGGGUGAAACCAGUUGGUGUCCAGGUUCUGGCAGGAGCAAACAAGCAAGCCCUUGGGGUGGCUAAGGCUGCAGGGCUGGACUUUAUUAGAGCUGAGGGCUUUGUGUUUUCUCAUGUUGCUGAUGAGGGAGUAAUGAAUGCUUGCGCUGGAGAUCUGCUUCGAUACCGGAGGCACAUAGGGGCUGAAGACAUACGGGUGUUCACAGACAUAAAAAAAAAACAUAGUGCUCAUGCAAUUACUUCAGAUGUGAGUAUCAAGGAGACAUCUAAGGCUGCAGAGUUCUUCCUUAGCGACGGUGUCAUCAUUACAGGGGGAGCCACUGGACAGGAAGCUGAUGUCAUGGAGAUGAAAGAUGUAGCAGAGGCGGUAAACAUCCCUGUUCUGAUUGGCUCAGGAGUUACCAAUGACAAUUUACACAUGUACUCUUCUGCCAGUGGCCUGAUUGUUGGAUCACAUUUCAAAAAAGAUGGACAAUGGCAGAAUGAAAUUGACCCCUGGAGAGUUCACACAUUUAUGGAGGAAGUGGUAAAGCUACGGGAGUCAGACAAUAGAUAAAAGGCAAUAUCAUCCAAGCUCUACAUGAUAAUUGACUUUAAUCAAAUCACUUGUGUUUUGCAUUAUCUAAAUCUGUUCUUAGAAGGUGGUUCUGAAGCUCCAAUGUGUCUGAGCUAUUGGAGACUUCAUUGAAGGAGUGAGGAAUGUAGCAUAGCUGGACUAGGUCAUCUUCUGAUGCCUCAAUUGUUGGGAAUGAUCUCUGGUUCAAAUCUGGAUCUGAUUGUUGAAUUUUCUUUCUUUUCAAGUACACAUUCCAGCACAGUCUUUUGAGACAUAAGAAGACACAAUCUGCCAAUCUAAUUAUGUCAAGACACUGUCUUCUGACACAUGUCAGGGCACACCAGUAAAGGCAAUUUCCCCUUAAACAUAUCAAGACACUGUCUUCUGACACAUGUCAAGGCACUUUGUCUUCACACCAGUAAAGGCAAUUUCCCCUUAAACAUAUCAAGGUACUCUCUUCUGACACAUGCCAAGGCACUUUGUCUUGACACCAGUAAAGGCAAUUUCCCCUUAAACAUAUCAAGGUACAGUCUUCUGACACAUGUCAAGGCACUGUCUCUUGGCACAUGUCAAAACUUGGUCUCCUGACACAUUCCCUGCUGGCCCAACUCUGGUUACAUACGGAAUAGACAGGGCAAUGUUUCAUCAGAGGUAAGGUUAACAUAUGACACCUGCCUUUCAUCUGUUUAACACUGAUAACAUUCAUGAAAGCAGAUGUUAAACUUGCCAGCCAACCAACCAACCAACCAACCAACAAACCAACAAACCAACCAACUAACCAGAGGUUAAUUUCACUUUCACUCUCAGCUUUCUGGAACAUUUCUUAGAAAACCUGAAGGCACAAAUGAAGUAAUUUGAUUGGUUUAGAGAAGGUUUUAGGAGAAAAAACUGUCCAAUCACAGACUGAUAUGCUCCUUUGAAGUUUACAAAGGAGCGACACCCAACUUCAAAAUGCACAACAUACUGUCAUGCUUCCUGCAGAUUAAUUGAUAAACCCAUACAGUGAAUAUCAACAGACAAGUGUUGGAAGAGCCUUGACAUACACCAUAAACAAUAUUAGAUUUUAAAAAUUUAAAAGUUUUCGGCAGCUGUGUUAUUAAAAACCUGAUUGUGUUCCUUGUAUUAGACCACACCUCUAUGUUAAUUUUCAUCAAAAUUGGACAACAACCAAAUUUCCUCUCCCUGCGGCAGUCAUCUUGAAUUUUGAAAAUAAAAUGUCUCACACAAAUAUAGACAUGUUCAUCAGUUGAUGUCCAUUUGAAAAAAAGAAUAGUUGAAAGCAGAACUUUGCUAAGCCAUCUAUGGUCAUGCAAAGUUAACGUUGAAUCAGAUCUAUGGUUUUCAAAAAAUGUGCUUGGUAAAACGUGACUGAUUAAAAAUUAAUAAUCAGAAAUGAAAUUACUAUUAAUAUGAUGAUACUAAUUUGAAUGUUUGUAGCUACUAUACAACAAAUGAUCCAAGUAUAUAUUGACUUAAUAUAUUGACCACGAGAGAAGGGAAGGAUUGGGGGUAUGGUUGUUGAAGCUCAGCUGGGAAACUUUUUAUUGAUUUAUUCGACUCUAUGAUAUAUGAAAAUUUAAUAGUAUUGCAAAAAAUUUGUUAAUUUGGUGUGUUAGCUUAUUUUUAAAAAAUUUUUGCUGGCACAUGUGGUGCCAAAUAAAGUCUAGUCCUGAUUAAUUGUGAUAUCCAUUUAUCUAUUAAAAAUGGUAAAGAAAAGAUAAUACUUUCGUUUUUAGCUCACUGGUUACCAGUUGGGAUCAUUGUCUACAAAUAUACAUUCUCUAACCAACUGGCUAUUUAGUGUAUACAAUUAUUAGAGGUCCAAUUUUUUUUCAACAUUUACACCAUAUUUACGAUGUUUUAGACUUUUGUCUGUAGAAAUACACCCUACACUCCUCCUACACAGCAGUAUUUUUAUAGAUCUGUGUACGUACAUUUUGUGUAUCUCUUUCCUUCCUUUAUUUGGAUUGUUUUAAUGUUCAUUUCUAAGUUUCAACAAAAUAAGACAAUGUAUUGAUUUCUUUUUCGUUAUUUACUGAAUGAUGCUUUUGAUAUCGGGACAUUUCUGUGAAGAUUGAAUUGACAAACUGAAAAACUGGAGAGUUUACUUACUGCCUCCUUUCUCUCAUCCCAGUCUGCACCACAGACAAGUGUAGUAAUUGGACGAAAUGUAUCAGAAUGUAACAGUAAAUAAAUAUUCUUUAAGAGA